AUGGCUAUGGCAUGGCGGCUCAUGGAUCGUCUGCCACUGCGGUUUACAAAAAAAGAACCAGUUACCCAACAUGGCUGGGAUUCCAGACUCGUUCUACGCGUUUCAAAAAUGGCUUUAAGAUAUGAUAUAGUUGUGCGGAUGCGGUUUAACAUGUCAAACACGACGCCGUCAUACCGCCCGCCUAACCAUGACUUCACGACCUCAGCGCGAAUCUCCGCUCUCCACCCGAAAGGACCGAAAGACAAAGACGAAGCAAAUUAUGGUGCAAAUAAAAUAACUCGAGUCUCGUCGUACGUCUUCGGCACUCCACCUUGGAAAUUUCAACUCGCCCGUCACAGGACCAAAACCUCAACAUUGCCCUUCAUGGUGGUAGCGAAAAAACUUUCCUGGGGCGGUCCUUAUGGUUGGGCUCUCAUCCUCUGGCACUGGACUAAAAACCACCUUACCAUACAUAUAUGUCUAUACCCCAGCCCGGAAUUACAACGCAAUCCAAGUCAAGGCAUAUCAAAAGCGGUGUCGGAUAUGACAACUAAACUAGAACCAACAGGCGAUAGGAGGAGUUGCAAAUUUCCUCUUUCUGCUGGUUGUUUCCCAUCGGGAGCUUUUAGAUUACAGGUAGUGGAAUAUUGA